CGUUAAACUUCGUAAGACGUGAAAGUGGCAGCGAUGGUAUUGAGAAUGAAAGCAACGAGGCUAGUGCACGAUAGCCAUGUGCAGGGGAUGUUAUACAAUACUCUUCCUUCGACGCGUGAAGGCAAGAAGCAUUGUUCACUUUAUGGGCGUCAAACAUUUACUGUAAUCCUUCUCUUCCGACUCGUUGUCUUCGGAGUCGUAGCUUGAAUGCCAAGGUACUCAUGAGGCAGAUAUCUGCUGAGGCCCGAUCACAAUUUGUGUCUAUUUAGUUUGUCUAUCGUGACAUGCAUAUGGACGAGUAGCGUCGAAUUGGACACGACUGAAGCGACCUCGCGGCUCCCUGCAGACUUUAAUAACAGCAGCCGACCUUUGGAUUGCUUUAGCUAUUGAAAACACCCAAGCUUUGGAAUAGCCCAUAGCUGAGGCCGAGGGCGCGCGACUGUCUAGACGACACUUUUCAACACUGAAAGCUACGAUCAACACCCUGUACUAAACUUUGUUCAUUCUACAGCUCCUUGUUCAAUCCACGAUGUCAUAUCCAAACCCCUCACAGGAAGGACUACUGCCAUUCGAAUAUCGGGGUGAGACGUUCCAAACGUACUACAAGGUGUACGGAGACCUUAGAAGUCGUACCCGCCGGCCUCUUGUCUGUAUUCAUGGAGGACCGGGUAUAAUUCACGAUGCUCUGAUGCCGCUCUCUGACCUGGCGAAGGAUGGGAAUAUUCCCGUCAUAAUGUACGAUCAACUCGGCAACGGUCGGUCCACGCACCUCAAGAAUAAACCCCCCACCUUUUGGACUAUUGACCUCUUCAUCGACGAACUCGAGAACUUGCUGUCAUACCUUGACAUCUCAGAUUCCUUUGACCUACUAGGUCAUUCAUGGGGAGGUAUCUUAGCCCUUGAGUUUGAAGUGCGGAGGCAACCUGCAGGGUUGAAACACAUCAUAGCAUCCAAUUCGCUUGCUUCAAAUGAGCUCUGGAAACAAUCCACGAAGCAGUUAAUGGAGCGUUUACCGGAAAGUGUUCAAGAGGGUCUGAGAGGUGGCCUAUGCGAGUCGCAGAAGCACUGGGAGGCACUGCAGCAGUUCCAUGCCGCCCAUGGAUGUACUCUCAAGCCCAUGCCGAAGGAAUACCUUGACACCCUCUUAUCGGUGUUUGGUCCAAACGGCGACUCGACCGUCGCGCAUGCGUCUAUCCUCAACAAUUGGAGUAUAAUCGAUCGUCUCCAUCUCGUCCGGGUCCCGACCUUGGUUAUCAACGGCCGGAUGGACAUGGCACAGGACUUCGUAGUCAGACCACUUGUCGAAGGGAUACAACAAGCCAAAUGGGUGACCUUUGAGAAUUCUAGUCACACUCCUUUCCUGGAGGAGCGUCAGAAAUAUAUGAAGCUUGUAGCCGAAUUCCUAGUCAAUUGAACUCAUGACUAUGUCAGUAAUAGACUGUAAUACAACUAGUGCACUACUGUUACAGACACACUAUGAGUCCAUCUUCCGUCUCUUGCGACGCCGUCUCGGACCUGUUUGCGACUCUCCACCGCCUUCUUCCUUGUUACAAGUUCCAUGGACUUUGAAAUUGCUAGCAGUCGCAGCAACAACUCGCUGGACGGCCUGUCGCCGGACCUUCUCUGGGACUUUACCCCAGUACAACUCUUCUCUUGUUCCAUCCACUAGUUCCACAGCGAUUGGUUUCUUGUUGCCCGUCGGCGAAUGACCGCCAGCGUCAAGGCCAUCCGCUUGCGUCGUAGGUGUAGAAGAAAAA